AUGCCGUACUUCCAGAUACCAAAAUUCUUUUAUACCACAGGCAGUGAAGAAUCUGAACCAAUCUCAAUCAUCUUCAAAGAAUAUAUUAGAACGUUUGAUUCAAAUAGUAAUGACAGUACUACUCCAGCAACAAAACAACAAACUACUCCAACCGACCCAAGUACAUCACAAACGACCCUUGGUAAAACUACUCCAACAAAUAAGGAAACAACAAAGAAGCCUUCCUCUACCAAAUGUCCGACCGCGCCAACUACAUCACAAACGACCAAUGGUGAAACUACUCCAACAAAGAGGGAAACAACACAGAAGCCUACUUCUACCAAAUGUCCAACCACUCCAUCAACACCACAAACGACCAAUGGUAAAACUACUCCAACAAAGAGGGAAACAACACAGAAGCCUACUUCUACCAAAUGUCCAACCACUCCUUCAACAUCACAAACGACCAAUGGUAAAACUACUCCAACAAAGAGGGAAACAACACAGAAGCCUACUUCUACCAAAUGUCCAACCACUCCAUCAACACCACAAACGACCAAUGGUAAAACAACUCCAACACAUAAAGAAACAACACAGAAGCCUUCAUCUACCAAAUGUUCAACCACUCCGAGUACAUCACAAACGACCAAUGGUAAAACUACUCCAACAAAGAAGGAAACAACACAGAAGCCUACAUCUACCAAAUGUCCAACCACUCCAUCAACAUCACAAACGACCAAUGGUAAAACAACUCCAACAAAUAAGGAAACAACACGGAAGACUACUUCUACCAAAUGUCCAACCACUCCAUCAACAUCACAAAAGACCAAUGGUAAAACUACUCCAACAAAGAAGGAAACAACACGAAAGCCUACUUCUACCAAAUGUCCAACCACUCCAUCAACAUCACAAACGACCAAUGGUAAAACAACUCCAACAAAUAAGGAAACAACACAGAAGCCUACCUCUACCAAAUGUCCAACCACUCCAGCAACAUCACAAACGACCAAUGGUAAAACAACUCCAACAAAGAAGGUAACAACACAGAAGCCUACCUCUACCAAAUGUCCAACCACUCCGAGUACAUCACAAACUACCAAUGGUAAGACUACUCCAACAAAUAAGGUAACAACACAGAAGCCUACCUCUACCAAAUGUCCUACCGCUCCAACUACAUCACAAACGACGAAUGGUAAAACUACUCCAACAAAUAAGGAAACAACACGGAAGCCUACUUCUACCAAAUGUCCAACCACUCCAUCAACAUCACAAACGACCAAUGGUAAAACUACUCCAACAAAGAAGGAAACGACACGAAAGCCUACUUCUACCAAAUGUCCAACCACUCCAUCAACAUCGCAAACGACCAAUGGUAAAACAACUCCAACGAAUAAGGAAACAACACAGAAGCCUACCUCUACCAAAUGUCCAACCACUCCAGCAACAUCACAAACAACCAAUGGUAAAACAACUCCAACAAAGAAGGUAACAACACAGAAGCCUACCUCUACCAAAUGUCCUACCGCUCCAACUACAUCACAAACGACGAAUGAGCCGGAAACAACUAUGGAGCCUACCACUUCUGAUUAUUCCACCACUACGAAACUAACAACCCAAGAACAAACUACUCCAACAGAGCCGGAUACAACUCAGGAGCCUACAGAUUAUUCUACCACUACGAAACUAACAACCCAAGAACAAACUACUCCAACAGAGCCGGAUACAACUCAGGAAACAAACUACUCCAACAAAGCCGGAAACAACUAUGGAGCCAACCACUUCUGA